CCUGUCUUAUUUAUUGGAAAUUCCAACUUUCGUUUUCGUAUUGUACUAUUUCAUUUUAAGCAUGUCGAGAAUACCAGAUUACGCUCACAAUUUAUCACUUAAAAUGUCUCAAGUGAUGGAUGGGAUUGGUGUUAGCGAGAAGAUUGUGAUGAAAAGAAGGAGGUCAUGGCUACUGAAUGAAUCACUAUUUACGUUACCUCAUCAGCUACUCGGUAAUGAUGUGAAUGCGUUCGUCUUCGGUAGUCAAAUAGAAGGUACAACAACUAUAGGAUUGCGAUCUGACGCAGAUUUUCUUAUAUCUUUGAACACAUAUAAUGUGAUACAAGACUGGAGUGAAUGGGUAUACGGUAAAAUUAAUUAUUUGAUGAUACAAGAUGAUUAUGUCUCACCAGGGUACUGUUUGUUACAAGAGUUAAGAGAUGAUGCUCCACUACCGCUCGUAGUUGAAGUUAAUGACCAUUCAUAUAGAGACAGAAAAGGGAGAAUAUUGUUAAAAAAUACAUUCUUAAAUAAGUUUGGAAGUAAUGAAUUAAUAAGACACGGUCCAGCCCAUUCACAACAAGAUGUUCCUGGGUUCAGUGAUAAUGAUCAUGUUUUUGCCUUUCCCUGUCAUUUAAAACCAAUUCAAGCAGGGCAUUGGCUAAAUCAACAUAGAGAAGAGCAUUGGCCUACAAGUGAUAUGAUACAGUACUGUAGAAACACGCGAUGUUUUGUUGUAGGCGUUGGAAAAACAGGAAGUGCAAAUGAAAUAUUUGAAUGGAGAAUAUCAACAUCAUUUGCAGAGCGAUUUGUAAUGUUUAAUCUUAACAUAACACAAAUCAGAUGUUAUGUUUUGAUGAAAAUGAUACUGAAAACUUUUAUUACUCAAAUGUUCCCCAACAGCAUUUCAAGUUUCAUGUGUAAAACCGUUUUGUUACAUUGUAUUUCAUAUACAAGAUCUGACGCAUGGAAGGAAAGUACCCUGUUUACUUGUCUAUUAUUUUGUAUAUCGACACUUUACAACUGUGUUCAAAAUGAAUACUGUCCUCAUUUCAUCAUCACACAAAAUAACUUGAUGAGCGGACGAUUUUCUCCGGAAGCGAAGCCGUUAAUUCUUGAAACUCUUCGCUAUGUAAUCGAAAGUAAUGGGAGGGCAUUACUCGAAAUUGAAUGCGACUGCCUUGGUUUAUUUCUUCAGUCAAGGUUAAACAGUUUUGAACCGGUACAUGCACAUUUGAUUCCAACUCUUAUUGCUGGACAUUUACUAAAACAAAUAUGCCAUAUUAUAAGUGAACAAUUUCAAAUGAUCCAAUUGAAAAUGUAUGAUUUAUCACCAACACUUACAAUUCAAAAACUUUUAACAUUUAUGUCAAAUCACCAUAAUGAGAAUUUCACAACUAUAGAUAGAAAAGCUUACCGUUUGUUAACACGACAUAUAUGUAGUACACUUGGAUCUAUUCUAGCAUCUUCAAACAUUUACAAACAAGACCAUUUAACAUACAAAAAUGCUCUUUCAUUCAUGUCAUUAGGACUUGACUCCGAUAUAGCAUCUGGUAAACUGAAACUAGCAUCAAUAUUCUAUUGUACCAGAGACAUUGAGAGGACUAAACUUAUCCUGAAAAAAAUCGAAGAGUGUUAUGAUCUAAAUGUUGUUGAACCAGUGUGUGAGUGUUACAGUUUCAAACAUUUUCCACUAAGAGAUAGUUUCAACAGAUUAUGUUAUGAAUCAAAUGAAGAAUGCACACUGCUUAAACAUAUAACAGCAUCAUGUGUCUGUUUUAUACGAUGUGAAAUAAACUGUUGUCCAUUAGAACUUCAACAUGAAAUGUUUAGAUCAACACAGGAAGACCUUGCUUACAGAAGUGAAGAUGAUAAAUGGAUGGACAUGGCUGUUGUAGAUUCUCUCCCUUACCUCUAUUUCUUGCAGUACAAGACAUAUUCCCAGCUAGGAAGACAAGAUGAUAAACAAAGAGCUCUCUCUAACAUUGCCAGAACCAUAGAUGUUGAACCAAAUCUCGGACACAGGGAAACAGCACUGAAUCUUCUAGGACAGUGUAUGGAACAAGAAUACCGCAAAGACGAUGCUUUAAAAUGCUUUCUGAUGUCGUUAAAAAUACGAAGUAGACAUAAUGCUGCAAAGUUUCAUAUAUUUAGACUUUUAGCGUCUAUUUAUAAUUAGAUUUGUUAGUUACGUGUAUAAACCAGUAUGGACAUACAGAGCUAUCCUUUAUAACAACAGCGUGGGUAUGGUUUUGUUAAACUUUUCAUAACAAGGCAAAAAUGCUUUGAUUGACACAAAAAGAUCUUAAGUACAGAACGAAAGAAGCCAUUGGAUGUACAUGGCCAUUGUGAAUUAGUUUAUUUUAUUUUCUGCAAAACAAGAUAUCGUGGAAGAUAAUAGGAAGUAUAACAAUAAACAGACAAACAAUAAUCCUUUAAAUAGAUACCGAGGACAUUUGACAAAAGCACUGAACAUUCAUGUACAGUGUGUUUUAUGCAUUGUCAUUGUAAUAAAGUCACAAUGUUUGCCCAGAAACUAUCUUAUAUGAGUCACUUAUUCUAUAGUUUUGAACAUGAUCAGUUUAGAUAGAAAUAAGGUAUCAGUGUUUAAUCAUUGCAGUUCCAGAGUGCUUUAUUAAUGGUGGGAUAUUUCGCCAAUUCACUGUCAAUUCAAACACAAUGUUAUUUCAAGUAUGUCAUCGUUGUAAUAUCAGAGGCGGUGUGUGAAAGUAUAAUCUUACAUAAUACGUGUCCAUUUAGAUGAAUAAUAAAACGUUACAUUGUUGCAUUUUGAAUAAUAUUAGAUGAAGAUAUACACUUUAUCAAAAAACGCACUGACAUUGUAACGGAUUUCUUACAAAGAAGAAAGCAAUAUUUAACACAUAAUAGAUGAUUACUAAUAUUCUGACCAACGAAGGAUUUAGGACAAACCAAUUUGUAAUAAGUAGCUUUAAGAAGUGUCAGGCACUGGGAACAUGUGAAAUUCAAAUAAUGAAUGUUAUUUACCAAUUAUUGUCAGUCUUUGUAUUUGUGUCAGAUGUUGAGUAUGAAAUCAUAUAAAAUUGCUAAUAUAUAUAUAUACUUUUAUAUUGUGUCUUACGAACAGUUCAAUCUAUUUUUUUCAGUAGUGACAGUUAAGCCAGGUUGUUGACAAUAUUUUAACAUUUUGUUAUAAUAUAAUUGUACAUUUUUUUUUUCAUUUUAUUUCAUGUUUGAUGUUAGUUUAUCAGCACUUCAAAUAUCAUGUAUUUUAAAUGUAAGGAGCACAACUUGUAUUCUGUAUUCCAGAUUUAUCUGUUACUGAAUUUCUAUGUGAGUCUAUUAAAACAGUUACCCACAAUUAA